CAGUCGUUUCAUAUUUUUGCUAAUUAGAAUUAAGGACAAAACAACGACAGGCUGUGAUCGCCUGUGCAUGUGCUUUCCCUUCUCUCUCUUCUCCUUCCUCGCGAAUUAAUCCCGGCCGAGACAAACUAGGCAUUCGGGGCGAGGCGAGAUCUAGGAUUCCCGAAUCCCAAACCCUAAGUAGGAGGAGUAGGAGGAGAAGGGAACGGAAGGGAAGCGGGGGGAAGAUGAGCGUAAUCGAUAUAUUGACGCGCGUCGACGCGAUCUGCAAGAAAUACGACAAGUACGAUGUCGAGAAGCAGCGCGCCGAAAAUGUCUCCGGUGAUGACGCCUUCGCCCGCCUCUUCGCCGCUGUCGAGUUCGACAUCGAAGCUGCCCUCGAGAAAUCGGAGAUUGCGGCGCGGGAGAAGAACAGGGCGGCGGCGGUGGCGAUGAAUGCCGAGAUCCGGCGCACCAAGGCCCGAUUGAUGGAGGAGGUGCCCAAAUUGCAGAGGUUGGCGCUCAAGAAGGUUAAAGGACUUUCAAAAGAAGAGUAUGCUGCACGGAGUGAUUUGGUUCUUGCACUACCAGAGAGGAUCCAGUCGAUUCCAGAUGGAAGCACCACAGGCACCAAACAAACUGGAGGCUGGACUGCUUCAGCUUCUCGCCAAGAAAUUAAAUUUGACUCAACUUCAGAUGGAAAAUUUGAGAGUGAAUACUUUCAGCAAACUGAAGAAUCAAACCAAUUCAGGCAAGAGUAUGAGAUGCGCAAAAUGAAACAGGAUCAAGGUUUGGAUAUUAUAUCUGAAGGCUUGGAUACACUGAAAAACAUGGCCCAUGAUAUGGAUGAGGUUUGCUGUUGCUUGUUAUAUAUGCUAGAUAGUAGAUAUUAUGACAGAUUUAGGAUUGACCUCUUUAGUUUAUCCAUGCAGGAACUGGAUAGACAAGUCCCUUUGAUGGAUGAGAUUGAUACGAAGGUGGACAAGGCUACUGCAGACCUUAAAAAUACUAAUGUGAGACUGAAGGAGACUGUUAACCAGCUGAGAUCCAGUCGCAAUUUUUGCAUUGAUAUCAUCCUGCUGUGUAUUAUUCUGGGCAUUGCUGCUUAUCUAUACAACGUAUUGAAGAAGUGAGAUACUAGGAAAUUUGGUACCUGUGCUUGGUCUUGCCGCUGACCACGAGCAUGUGUUUAAUGGGACCAAGAUGGGCUAAUCUGUACACAUUGAAUCCUCCCCGUUCUUGUUAUCAUGUAUAUUUGUUUUCAAACUAAAUUGAGACAUAUUUUAGUUUUCCACAGGAUCUCCAUGGCUUGUGUAUGAAGAGCUUGAGUUUUGGUGUCUUUUACAGUUCAGAGAUGGAUAUUUGUGACUUAAUGACCAGCUGUCUAUCUUAUGCAUCUUUUAGCUUGCAAA